UCUGUAAUUCCAUCUCUCUCACUGGAUAUGCAAAAUCACCCACCAAACCCUACCUCGAAGAAACUCCAUCCUUCGAUAAACAUGGCUUCCUCGGCCGUCCAGCCUUCCAACUACACGUUCCCCGUGAACUGGCCCAUGAUCUCUCCCCGCCGCCGUUCCUUCCGAGGCCGUUCGGCCUCGUCUCCAUCAAAACCUCCUCCAAAAUCCACCUUCUGCAACAAGCUCCCUCCAGGAAGAACCACCAUCACUGGGUUGAAGGAUGACUCGAACGCCGGCGUGGCUCCGGCUCCAGCCAAUGUAGUGGUGCGCCUCCGCGUCGGCGACUUCGCCUUCACCGUCGGCAAAAUCGCUCCUAAUUACCCGUCUCCGCCGCGACAAAUCGGAACCACUUCCACCGUCAUCGUCGACAAAUUAGCGCCCAACUGUCACCGCGAUUUCUCCUCUCCGCCGCAAGAAAUCGCUGGAUUCGAGUUGCCCUACCGGAAAUCUUCUCCCACGGCCGCCUUUUUCAGAUCUGAAAUCGCGGCGGACGAGGAGCGUAAGAAGAAGCAGCAGCAGGGAGAGAAGGAGAAUGAGAAGGGGAAAGAAAAGGAGAAGGAAGAGGAGAAGAAGAGGAAAUUCUCGCUUCUGCUGACGGAAGAACAGAUCGAAGAGGAUAUCUUGGCGGCCAGGACACUGGCGGCGGAGAGAAGCUUCUCCGACGGGAACAAUCACAGUAAUAACAAAAACCGGAGGUAUGUGCGUAGUUGUAAGCGGCGUCGGGGUUUCUCGUUCAGAGUGUCCAAGGAAGAGGCGGAGCAGGAUUUGGGACCGGUCACCGACGGGAAACGUCUCCGGCGGGCGAUCCACAACAAUCUGAUACCCGCUCUGAAGGGCUUCUAUUAAAAUUGCUAGCUUUGUAACAAGUUUUUGUCUAUUAAUUUCUGGGCCUGUAAUCAAUUGGAACUGUAUUC